AUUUUAAAAAGAAUAUAUUUAAAUAUUAUGGGAAAAAAACAAAAGAAAAAACUUAGUAAAGAAAAAAAAUUAACAUUGACGAAAGAGAAUCCAAUAAGAAAACAAUGUUUAUCAAGAAAUGUGAUGUUGUAACUCAUUCAUCAAAAUGAACAAACUCAUCGUCAAUAAUUUAGAAAAAAAGAGCCAUAAGAAACCGAAAUCGGAAGGGUUUCCGCUUCCUAUUACACAAUAGAAUAACAAACAUGGCAUCCACUGCAAUUGUUAGUUAUCCCUUCGUACUCACGUUCGUACUUGCACUUUCCUUUAUUUCUGUCGUAAAUUCCGUGGAUGGUUAUUACGCGUCUGCAAGAGUCGAGAGCUGUAGUGGUUGCUCACUCAAUCGGCUGCCAGAUGUCAAGCAAUUCAUUUUCGAAGACCUACCACAAUAGUAUCCUUUAUAAUAUACUUUUAUUUAUUUUAAACUGCAUUAUUGUUAGAUAAUCAAUACAAAGUACUUAUU